AUGCUGAGAGAUUUGCAAAACUCCGGAGCACAGGUGUAUGCAGUGGAGAACGAACACGCGCUGUUGUCCUUACCGGGGAGCAGCGCACUUCACCACUACACCACCACUACACUGCAUACACCUGUGGUCCGGAGUUUUGCAAAUAUCUCAGCAUUUCAUACGACGUUUGUUUCAGGUAUCAAGCCAUAUAGCUGUCGUAGUUGUGGUAUUUCCUUCUCAGCGCGGUCGAGGUUUGCAGUACACCUUUCCAAAUAUCACAAGAUGAGUAUUCGCGAUCACAGAAGCAUUUCGGAGUUCCUAGCAUCGUUUGGAGGUGAUUGA